AUGGGUCACAUCUGGUCAGCGUACAUUCGCGAGACUUAUCCUCCGUCAACAAAGUUUCACGCAUCUGAUGUCCCAGACAUGUCUGGAAAGGUUGUUCUCGUCACCGGUGCUAAUUCAGGGAUAGGCAAAGAGACCGCCAGAGUCCUUCUCACAAAAAAUGCCAAGGUUCACGUUGCUUGUCGCGACAAGGCCAAGGGUGAAAACGCCAUUCGCGACCUAAAAGAGAGCACCGGAAAAGAAGCGUGUUUCUUGCAACUCAACUUGGCAAACUUGAAGUCCAUUAAGGCUUCUGGAGAAGAGUUUCUGCAGAGAGAACCCGUACUGCACGUUCUAUUCAACAACGCUGGGAUAAUGGCUCCUCCUAUAGAGAUGUUGACGGACGACGGUUACGACCUGCAAUUUGGCACAAAUGUCCUUGGUCACUUCUACUUCACGAAAAUUGUGAUGCCUGCACUUCUAGCGGGUGCCACGCAGUCUCCUGAUGGAACUGCACGCAUCGUGAACACAGCUUCUAACGCCCACUGGUUCGGUAGUCUAGACUACAACACGUUCAAGGACUCUCCCGCCAGGAAACAGAAGAGCGUCAAGAAUCUUUAUGGCCAAAGCAAAAUGGGCAACAUUUUAUUUGCAGCUGAGGUAGCUAAACGAUAUGGCAACCGAGGUAUAGUCUCAACCCCUGGUGGUAUCAAGACGGAGCUUGGCCGUUAUCAUGGCUCCUUUUCCAAAAUGAUAUCCAGCAUGAUCUUCCAUGAUGUAUCACUUGGCGCGCUCACGCAGUUAUAUGCUGGAACCACUGCAGAAGGAGCGAAUCUUAACGGAAAGUAUCUUGUUCCAUGGGCGCGCAUUGGGAACACACACGCAGGACCCGCAGCAGGCUUCAGAGCUGUGGAACUGGCUUGAGGACCAAGUCAAGGACCUUUAGGCUCGAUCGAUUCUCAGGCUGAAUAUUUCACUACUAUACGGUCGUAUGAUUGCCUUCCACGUUUUAACAAAAAACCUGUGGGUAUAUUUUAUUCACUCGAUCUUGAGUCGAGUGUUCCAUUUCAUGACGAAUGAAUUUCUCGCUCUCGAGGAAGAGUUCAAUGCCAACUUGUUGGUGAAAAGGAGAAAGCUUUGGCGUAUCGGUUAACGCUGGGCUUGUGGAGGUACUGUCCGUGAUGUGUUCUUGCAUGUGUUCCCCUUGCUGUAUAAUGUCUUAUCUUUCUGGACUUCCAAACAAGGACUUGAAAUUGAUUCCUUUCUGGUGAAGGCCGCGACGAUAUACCCGACGUAAUGAACGGAAAUA